AUGGGAAUUCGUCAUCUUCCAUACACCACGCGUUCCAACAUCCUCUUCGCCCUACUCCUCACCCUCGCAUCCCCAGUAACCCCGCUCGUGCUCCAAAACAUCACCAUAGCCCUCCCACCAGGCUCCUCCGACCACGGAACUCCAGGCCUACUCUGUACACCCACCAAACCCAUCGACCUCUUAACCUUCUACCUGCUCAACUAUGUCGCGCACGCCGCCACCGUAUUGACACGGCCUGGUGAACGCGCUGACGAUUACUUCGUUUCCGUGAUCGGAUCAUUACUAUUCCCCGCCUUAGGACUCUAUCGCGGAAUCGAAGCCAUCUUAUCAGGCGCCGUCUGUGUGCGCGACGAUGAUCUGCGGAAGGCGGCAAGGAGUGGAGCACUAUGUGUUGUCGUCAGAGGGGCGGACUGGCGACCUGUUGACGGUGAAAUAAUCACGCACGCCAUUUACAAGAGACCGGCGGACACAAAAGGACUACAGGAGACUCGCAGAACGUUCACUGGAGAAACCCUGACUGAAGAGGCAAAAGAGAACGCUGUCCAUGUAAUCCCCUACUUCCCACCCUACAUAUUCACCCGCUUCGGAUUGCCCGUCUUUGUGCACCGCCGCAUCAUCCACGGCACACACACGCUGCCACCUGGAUACCGCUUCGCCAUCCUCCCUCACGAUGCGCAGUUCGCUUCCCCUUCCACUGACCAGCCAACAAUCGAAGUCUCAGCCACCUACAACAUAGUAAAAGCGCUCAUCGCGCUCGUGCAAUCCGUAUACGCCCUCACCACGCUCUACCGCGCGCGCGGCGACCAGAUCAGUCAGUUUGGCUAUGCUGCUUUCGGGCUAACGGUGGCGCCGUACGCGGUAAUGUCGAUUACGAACCUCAUCGGCAACCUCUGCCGCCCAGAGUAUCCGAGUUUGUAUAUGGUGGAGAGUAGUAUCAUGGACGAAGCGCGGAAACGAGGGGGCUUGUUUGAAGCAGCCGGCGUCCGCGUACAAGAGGACGAACGGCUGCACGUGUGUAACUGCGGCUUCGCGAACGGCGAGGAGCUUGACGAUUUACACUUCGCUGCGAAUGAGGAUGGGGAAGUGGAAGCGCAUUUCAGCACCACGGACCCGCUGGCCUACGUCAAACAACGCGAGGUAGAGCAGAACACCGAGAAAACCCUCACGGCAUCGACGCUCGAAACGAAAUUCCCCCUACCAGCGAGAUCCUUGCUCCUCCCUCAAACCCACGCCCUCGCUCCAACUCCCAAGAAACUAAACUACAUCAACACCCAAAACAACGCCCUCCUCCUAAUCCCGUGCCACACCCCACUCAUCCGCUUCACGCCUCCAACCUCGUCCUCUAUAAUCGAAACCCCCCACCCCGCUCCCUCCUCUCCGCCCUUUCCUGCGCCGCACCCACCCCUUUUCACGCCACUACACCUGGACCCCCCGCUUUCACCCCUCGCGCACCUCCAUCAUCGCCCUGCGAUGGCGCUGGACAAAAUACAUUUCCACAACCUUCAUUGCCUUACUCCCUUUACUCAUAUUAGGCAUCUUGUCCAACUUCUGUGCUGGUACAAUCCCAGCCGCAGAAUCGACGAAUUGGCGCGUAUUCACGGUGCAGUGGUUGAGUUUCGGCGUGUUUACGGGGUUGUCAUUCGUGUUGGAUCAGGAGUGGAAGGAUGCGAUGACGAGUGGAGGAGCGCAGGUAGGACCGUGGGUGAGGGUGGUUACGUAUUUCGUUAG